GUGAAGAAAAGCCUCUGCAAGCUAUAUAUGGCUAUAGUCUUCUCCUGAGUUAACAACUAAACUCGUUACUUACUUCCAUUGCAUUGCUUCUCAUUCAGGGAGUCUGGCCUAGCCAUUCGGAUCAGUUACUAUUAGGAGUUUCUGUGUAAGUUAAGCAUGAUUAAGCGGUGGCCAAGUAGGAACAACAGAACCAGAGGCAUCAAGGUAAAGCAUAUUCUGCAGAUUAUUCUGUUGUUGGGCGUUUGCUUCUGGUUGAUCUAUCAGGUUAAGCACUCUCGUGAUAAGAAAAAUGAAUAUGAUGAAAAUGAUAAAGAAGUGUCAGUUGGAACUAAGACUGUGUAUCGGACUCCGAAACUUGGUAGAAAAGAUCUUCAUCCGGGUAAGGAUGAAGAUAAGCAUGAACACAAUGAACGUGAAGAAGAAGAAAAUGAGCAUGAAUUUGAAGAAAAUGAUGACAAGUUUGGAGUGAGAGUAGAUGAGGAAGAGGAAGAUGAAAGCAGAACCGAUGAGAUGGAAGAUGAAAGGGGUGGAGGAGAUGAUGAGAUAGAUGAGACUGAUCAAGAGCAAUCAGCAGCCGAUACUGAUCGUGAUGAAGAUCUGCCCGACGAUGAGGAAGAAAAGGAAGAGGAGAGUGAUGAGAAAGAAAACCACAGUAAGGAGGAGGAAAGGGAUGGUUCAGUUGAAAAGCACAAUAGUCAUGAAGCUCGGGAGCAACAUUACAAGGGGGAUGAUGCUUCUAGUGCUGUGACUCACGAUACUACUACAACUAGCACUGAAACUGUGUCACUUUUAGAAAACCCUGAUGUAAACUCAGAUUUUAAUAAUAAAGAAGCUGAAUUGGCGAGUGAGCAGUCUUUCAAUGCGAGCUUGUCCAACACUGUGUAUAGCUCACAUCUACACAAUGUUACCACGACAUUUUUGGACAGUCAUUCAGAAGCAGGCACUAAUCAUCUGACAGUAGUGAUUGCUGGAGGGAGCAAUGACUUGACAAGAAACAGCGCCAAUACUUCAUUUGAACCGAAUAAAACGGUGAUAUUUUCUGAAUCAUACCAAACUCAAACUGGUACCGUGAACACAACAGUAACCGGGGUAGAAAAAAAUAUACUCACGGACGGGUUAGUGCAGGGUGGCAAUAAGGUCUCUGAAGAAAACCAGCCCGGUUCUAACUCGGCAGUCCCUGUUGAAAUAGAAAAAGGAGAUGCAGCUGCAGGUGAAUCUUCUAAUCUAGAGGGUGGUGUACUAGAGAACACAACAAAAUCUGUGGCAUCAAAUGAAACAGAUAAUAACACUGAAGUGAGUGAAACUAACAAUACUCUGAAUAUUACUCAUACGAAUGAGAACACUGAUUCUAUUAAGGAUGGAAUCAAAGGUGAUUCAUCUGAUUCUCACAUCCUCAAGAGUGUCCCAGAGGACCGAACUGAUCUGGAUACGUUGCCAGAUAUUAUAAAAGAAGGGGAUAUUGUUGACGCCAUUGCAACAGACUAAAAGCAUGAUCUUUUUGUUCUCAAGAAGAGCUGAGAGAUUAGAGUUUUUGUUUCGACCCAUGUUAAUAUUUGAACACUUUUUCCUGUCAAAAAGAUAAAUGUCUAGGCAAGACCAUCAAAGUUACAAAGGUAGGCUUGUGGAUAUUCAUAUCAAAGUUU